AUUUUGAGGCCAGCUCCGCCUCCGGGUUGUCUUAGGGAAUGUCUGGCUUUGGGAGAAGUCCAAACUAUCGGAAUAAAAUUAUAAAAUACACCCGCUUUAGAUACAGGCCUGGACUUUAAAAAUAAACACAUUAAUGUUGAUUUAAUUGUACUUCAAUAAGCAUAUAUGUAGUAGUCCUUCGGUUUCCGUUUGUCUUUAAAAACAAACAAACAAACAAAAAUCCGGACGGGUUCUGGUUUCGCUUACUCUUCCAUAGGCCCGAGAUGGAGCCGGGGAGCUUGCGUGAGAGCCCGGCCGGGUCAGGGGGGGCCGACGGUCAGGAAUGGAGGGAAGACAGUUCGGAGCCGCUAGAAAUCGAGAAAGAAGGGAAGCGAGGGGGUGAAGGGGACGGUGAAAAUACAGAAGCCGGGGAAAGGGAUGCAGAUGGGCCGGAGGGGGAACAGGGAGCAGACGAAGAGGACAUUGGCCAGCAGGAAGACCUGGAUCCGAGAAUACAGCUGGAGCUGGAGCACUUGAAUCAGGCCAGUGAAGAAAUCAACAGUCUCGAACUGCAACUCGAUGAAGCUCGAUCUGCUUAUAGGAAGAUCUUGACCGACUCGGCACGCAAACUCAACGCUCAAGGAUCCCAGCUAGGGGCUUGUAUAGAGAAGGCAAGACCUUACUAUGAGGCCAGGAGACUGGCUAAAGAGGCCCAGCAGGAGACGCAAAAAGCAGCUCUGAGCUACGAGCGAGCCGUCAGCAUGCACAAUGCCGCGCGGGAGAUGGUGUACGUGGCAGAGCAAGGGUUAAUGGCGGACCGCAAUCGCCUGGACCCCACCUGGCAAGAGAUGCUGAACCACGCCACCUCCAAGGUGAACGAAGCUGAGGAGGAGAGGCUCUGCAGUGAAAAGGAGCACCAGAGAGUGACUCAGCUGUGCCAGCAAGCAGAGGCCAGGGUUCAGAACCUGCAGAAAUCACUCAAGAGGGUCAUCGUGAAGUCCAAACCCUACUUCGAACUCAAAGCGCAGUUCAACCACAUCCUGGAGGAACACAAGUCUAAAGUGUUGGAGCUGGAGCGCAAAGUAUCCCAGGUGAAACUGUGCUACUCUUUGGCUCUGAGGAACCUGGAACAGAUCAGCGAACAAAUCCACGCCCGCCGAGGCAACAGAAAGAAACGGGACUUGUCCCAACCGAUGUCCUGGGAGGGGCGGGGCUCGCCGGUGGGGGCUGAGUCAGAAGCGGCUUGUCUUCCAAUCCCAGAAGCCGGGGUGGGAGGGGCUGGCUUUGAUGUCACAAGCCCUUCCCACCACCUAGACUCAGCUGAUAAUAUCUCUGUUCUCAGUCUGCAGACCAUCGCUUCGGAUCUGCAGAAAUUUGAUUCUGUGCAGCACCUCGGGGAGAUUGAGUGCGAUGCUACCAGCCUGCACAGCGAUGACCUAGGCAGGGGUCAGAGGGAGGGCAGUCGGGAUCACAGAGGGCAGGAAGGCAGGUGUCAUUCUCCCACCUUCUUAAAACACCAUCGGAGCAUCAGUUUGUGAGAUAUGAAGACAGAGUUCUCUCUCUGGCUGUGUCUGAAAGAGCUAUGAAGUAUCCAAUGUCAUUUUCUUGUCCAGAUUAAUUUUGUGUCAUUUUCCGUUAAGGUUGUUGCCUUCUGGUGACUUUUUUUCACCAUAGAAGUUUAAAGCACCACUGUGGUUUCAUAGAGCUCUCAGUAUCACGUCUAACCUCCAAGUAUAUCUGGUAUACCAGUGUGUAACCAUUAACCUGUCCUACUGAAACUGGUGGUACAACAUGUGUGAGAUUCUAGUUUCAGUAUGUGACUUUGCUUUUUAUGACAUUUUUGCAGCAGGGAGGACAGGUUGAAUCGUUACACUCUGGUGUAUUUGGGGGUUCGAUUUCAGCGUAUUGAGGCCACAGGGUGCCUUUUAAAGAGUCAUCAAGAUUUGAUGAUUACAACACAAUAUUAGAGCAAAUCUAAACACGAAUAUAACUACAUUAGUUAAGAUUCGAAAUCCUUCUGAAGCACCAGCGAUCUCAUUGCUAGUGCUAAUAACAGGUAAGGAGUUUAAGUUUGUCUUGUACAUGAAUGAAUGAAUGAACUGACAGUUCAAUUCGUGUGUAUGUGGCAACUCAGACACUCACAUAUGAAGAAGACAGAAAGCUGCAUCUCUCCCAUUCAAGCCCAACACACCGGGACAAUGGACCAGCUGCUGGCUUUCGAUUGGGAGACGAUAGCACGCAGUCAUUCGAUAGGUUCUUCCUUGUAUAUCCAAGGCUGCACAGAUUCGUAUUUCAAAAGAAACUUGAUCUGACUUGAAACUAUAUAGACAAUAAGCUAUUCUGUAUUGGAGAACACACUUGGAUGCAGAGUCCCACCCCAGCACAGUACAAUAAAACCAAUCACCCUUGAUGGAAUUGGAGGCUAGAGUAAACCAUUGAGGCUCGAUCACAGGCUUGUAUCCCUUCAGAAUACUUUAAAAAAAAUCACCUUGCAGACUCAGUUCACCGUCCCGUGGAAUUGUGCUGUCUAGAACCCAUUGACAGUGCUAUGGCGGGUGUUUGGUCCAACUGAAAGGACAUUUUUUGUGUGUGUGAAGGGAGGGGGACUUAAUGCAAUCGAGAUUUUUACUUAAUUUAUUUUAGAUUUUUUAUCAUUAAACUUGAAAACGUUCAUUUUUUGUGUUGGAGACAGGAAUGGAAAUAUGUACAUUUCGUGACAGAUAAUGCUGCUAAAGCUCUACAUCAGGGGGUUGAAGAAGCAGCCAGGGCGUGCAAGAGGAAACGUCUUCUCCCACUGCCAGGAAACUUGGUCACUUAUUAGGGCAUUUGAUUUGUUAUCGCCCUGGUGUGGGGCAUAAUCUCCUGGUAUACUCUGGGUCCCUAGAUUACAAAUGGGAUUGUGCAGGAAUGGUUUGAGAAACCUGACAGACUGCAGGCAUCUUCCACCUCAAUCCCUGAACCUCAAUCCAUUGAGCAUGGUUAGGAUGAACUAUACUUGUCAUCAGUCCUCUGCCUGUCUUACCAGUUGCUUGAAAUAUUAACACAUGGAUUUAAAUCCCUCAAGUCACCUUCCAGCACCUUGUGGAGUCCAUACCACGUCAAGGUUGUGAUCAGGGCAAGUGGCCAAGCAGUGUAUGUCACACAUACAUCUAGAGAACCACAUAUCAUUAUAGGGGUACAUUUGCUAGUGCUUAGUAAAGUGAAGAAACUGAAUUUAAAAGCCCUGGCUCUCUUUAAAAGGCAAUGCUUUUAAAACACUAUCCAAGCUGCAGAAAUUGACAUUGUGCUAUAUCUCCACGUGAUUCCCCUCCUUCCUUCCAGUCAUCAGGUAUUGGGGAAAGAAAUGGAUUUAUAGUGUGGCGAUUGUGGCUUAAAUGGGCUGAACCCAGUUCAGCGAAAAUAAAGGAAUAAGACUUUAAAAUGCAAAACCUCACUCAAUUUCAGGUUCUGAAAACUGUUUAUUCCUGGACAAACUGGAACCUGCUAUUUCAGUAAAAGAUGAUGAUGAAAGGUUUCACAACAGUAAA